CUUGCUCCUUGUGCAUUCACGACGAACAUGUGAGUUUCUUACCCAGUACAAAACUGUUACAUCGUAGAAGUUCCACCAAAGUUUCCUUCUUGGUUUUUAUUACUCUCAGUAACUUAGUGUUCGUAACAUGUUCUGGCGUAACAUGUUUUGUCGUAACAUGUUCUGUUAAUACUUUAAUUGCAUAUUAAGCUCUCGAUCACGCGCUGGUCACGUGUCCAUGGUGUUAGUGCAAUGACUUAGGUUUACCGCUAGACGGCCCCAGAGACUCCAAUCCUUUGAAAGCUCUCUGAGUUAAUGCAGUAUUGUGUUGUAUUGGCCAAUGCACAAGUAAUACUUGUAUUGUACUACAAUACUUUGUAUUGUAGAGCAGAUAUUGUCAUUUUAUAUUGACAAUAUCUACACACUACCGUAGAUUUUUACCGUUUAUUUGUAGUAUGCCUCAUGCGUAUUCUAUUUCCUACCAAUGUUGUAUUGCAUAGUUCCUAAAGCCAGUCUUUGUAUCCCCCCCCCCAGAUCACACAUGUGUAUUUAUACAUUUCACUUGAUAUAAAGUUAUGCUAAAAGUCCAAUAUGUGUACGGUAUUUAGGGUCAUGCUUGGUGAUAGUGAAAUAAAUAAGAUGAUAAUGGACAUGCAGAAGCAUGUUCCCGUCUCCUCUCCUCGCCUCGCCAUGACUCACCAGGAAGCCGGUUCCCACACAGGACCCCGCGUUCCUGGGUUCUUUGUCUGGUCAUGUCCCUGCAAGGCCACACCCCCUACUCUCAUGCUUUCACGGGGAAACAAGAGGUGGCGGGAAGGGGAAGGCAUGGGUGAGUCAUGUGUGGGUGUGUAGCGUGGUGGCCUAUGAAAGCGGCGUGUGAGCCCCACAGGGGACCACAACACUCCGGGUGCUUCCCGGGACAUCCUGAUCCUGAUCGUCUCCACACUCCUUUACUUGCUCGCCACGCCGAAGAUGCUGCAAAGACUGCUGCUCACGUCCCUCCUGGCGCUGGCCUCCGGGAUGGCUUCAGCGGGGGGCAGCCGGGGGAAGUUCCAACUUCAAGGCACCAUGAGCUGCACCUGGGUGGCCCCAGAGCGCCAAGCGGACCCGGUGAGGGUGUCGGUGAAGUGCGAGGACCCGGUGGCGCGCAUCCGAGGCGGGGUGACCGACAUGGAGUGUGCCUACGAGGGGAGGCCGCAGAGCUGCCCCGCCUACCGCUCCGACCCUCGGACCUUCUGGAAGCAGGUGGGGCGCAACUUCAAGAGGCUGAAGGGGCGUGUCUGCCUGGAUGAGACGGCGCUCGUGAGGGCGGGCGCGUGCAAGGGGGCGCCCCGUGACGCCCACUUCAAGCUGGACAUCAGAAGCUCCGUCAGCGCGGCGCAGUCCGGAGGGAUGGAUCUCCCCCUGAGACCGACUCGCCCCGGCUCCAUGACGCUGGGCCCGAUAGGAUCCACGCCCUGCCCCGAGACCCAGAGGCGGGCGGAGGAGUACUGCAGCAGCACCUGGGCCAACCUGUGCGCCUUCUUCCUGUCCGUCCUGCAGAACGACACCUGCUAGGACGCCCGGUGCUCGACCGUGUUAGCCGCUAGCUUGCUGGGAAAGAUGCCUGGCAGCCCUUCUUUACGAUAUAGAUUUCUAUUUCAUACAGAGUACAAUUUAUGUUUCAUAUAGAGUACAAUUUAUGUUUCAUAUAGAGUACAAUUUAUGUUGUACAUUGUUACAUCAUGUAUAAUAAACUAUGUCCUCACCCUAAACGUUAUUUUUGUGUCAUUUCAUGUCUGUCUGGCAAACAUCAAUA